AGGAUCGUCGUGUGAAAUGGGCGUGGCCCUGGAGGGCUAUGAGGAUGAGAUGUUCGAAAAUUGCAAAAAGAACGAGGGUCACACAGAUUUCAUUCCUCUACCUCGCCUCGGUCUUCAACAUCUUCCUAAAUCCUGCAGACACCCAGAUUUCCUCUCCUACAUCCUCAAUCUUGCUUCACGCACCGUGCUUUUGACCGUAUACUACACCUCCGAACAUCGCCCAGACCAUUUUGGCUGGUCGACCUUAAAAGGGAAACGUGCACCACGUGUUGGAAGCGGGUAUUUGACGGUGUAUAAGACAAAGAGAGACCAAGCAGCUGCGUCGACACAGCCAGCCAGCUCAACAAGCAGUUUUCACUUUGGAGAAGAUGAAGAAACAGUGCUUAUUGUGAAAACCGCUGCUCACGUUGUCUACAACCAAGAGGAGGUCAAAUGGACCAAAGUGAAACUUUUUUUCGAUGACGAUUCAGACAGAUCUACGGUUAUUGAAGCCAAAGGAAUCCGGAUAACUGAUAAUUCAGAGGAGGAAGAUAGGUCAGAGUUCAUUAUUCGUUUGAUGAAUAGUGAACUUCUGCCGGUUGUCAUGAAAAAGCUUGUGUUGUUUGAAAGCUAUAACGGGCCGUUCCCAGAGAACAUUGCAUUUUGUGUGUCUCACCCCCAUGGCGUAGCGAAGAGAGUCACCUUCGGGGAAAUGCUGGUACACGAGCAAGCGGAAGCUUCCUUUAUCCCCCACCAAGUUCCCCUGGAGGUAGUGUGUGAGGCGGAGUCCAAUUUAGGAAUUGGGGAGAAAAAAGUGUUAUUUUAUAUUGUUAAUGUGGCGGUUUUGCAUAAAACUAUGACUACAUUAUUUUCUUCUGAACCGUCCCAUUCGGAGUACAAGAGGGCUAUACUGGGGCAUCUCAUCGACCAAGGUCUGUUGCAAUGUCCUAGCAAAGAGGAGCUGAAUCAGAUGAGCGACACAUUCAGUCAGAGACAUGGUAUACAAAACGACGUUGUCGCCCAGAUGUUUGAAGACAGGGAGUGCAUUUGUAGGCAGGGAACUGUGCACCUCACGUCAUCAACGCCACCAGAAGGCAGCGACAGCCCUGGAAGUCCCGGAGUUCGAGCCUCGGACGGAAACUUAGCAGAGAACUUUGCCAGCCGGUGGUAUACUUUGCUGAAGGAGCUGAUACGUAAAGGUCUGGAACUGUAUCGGGGCAAACCUGUGCCAUUUGACAUGGGCUUGAAUAUGAUGAAUAAAGCUUCCUACAGGGUUCCCACCUGCCCGGGGAGCUCCGGGGCGACAGUCAGAUGUUUGAGCAACGUUGGAGGGCAGAAGCGACUAAUGUAUGUCCCACACUCCAGCGCUAAAACACCAGUGGUUUGCAUGGGAGGUGGCGGGGUUUUCAUGCGAGUGCUAGGACAUUAAACUUUACUUGGGGAUUUAUUUUAAACAUCUUCUAUCUCUGACGUGUGCCGUGAGCACUUGA